CUGAAACAUAAACUUAUUUUAAUUUCAAGACAAGUCUGCUCUAAUUAUCCUUAACCAUCUAUCCACCAGCUUACUACUCAGUUGCCCCACAGAACUCUCUUCCUAUGCACCCUUCAAACAACUCUUCACCCCUCAUACUUUCUCAUUCUCAUUGCCCCUUUUCCCUCAUACUUUCUCAUUCUUAAUUUCACAACCUAAUUAAUUACUGAAGUAGCCAUAUUUCUCAUGGAGAAUUCGGAUCAAGAGAAGGAGACCCGUGACUUCAUGAAUGUACAAUCUUUCUCUCAAUUGCCUUUCAUUCGACCACUCAAAGAAAAAGGAAUUCGGCUAUUUGGAAAAGAAUUUGGCGGCAAUGGAAAUGAUGUUGAAGAAUCAAAUUCUGUCGAGAUUAUUACUGAACCGGAGUUGAGUUGUCCAACAAAAGAGCACGAAAAUGGAGAAAGUAACAGAAAAUUCGAGUGCCAUUAUUGUUGCAGAAACUUCCCUACUUCACAAGCUUUGGGAGGCCAUCAGAACGCUCACAAGAGAGAGCGUCAAGAGGCCAAAAGAGCACACUUACACUCCGCUUUGGUUCAUAAUGGUUAUCAAGAUGCAAACAUGUACGGAUUGAUGAAUUAUAAUCGCUACGCUCCAUCACCAGCAGCAGCAUUGCCAUAUAACCAGAGCAGGCUUUAUCGAGGCCAGAGCUCUUAUUCUCCACGGCAGCAACCAAUUACCGCGAAUGCCUUGGCAUUGUGGAGACCUCCAUCAGUAGUGCACAACUCACCAGGCUAUAAUAAGGAGCCGCCACCAUUGUUUGCAAACCAUGAGAUGAAAGCAUUUCAGAAUAGUGGAAGCUCUAGUUCGCAGAGGCGGUACGUUUACGAAUCAAAGGCAAGUGUGAAGGACCCUGUGAGUUUAGAUCUACGUCUGUAGUCACUUGACUUCUAAUUAUCAUAGAUAUAUUCAUGUUAAAAUUAAACUCUUUAAUUUGAUGAAUUUACACUAGAUACAUAUAUGUAGUGGCUACCCUGAUAACUUCAUCAGCAAUAUUUCAGUUAAUUCAUAUCACAUAAGUCACGUUAAGUCAUAAGUUCAGCCAAACGGGCUCUAUGUCCUUCUAUGGGGCUACUGAAUUACUACUCCAAUCAGGAUACAUGUUUUCAGCAACAAAAUUAUGUAUAAAGGAUACCAAAAAAGAAUUUUACCAUAACAAGGCUCCAACAUUUACCGUUAUUUGUUGGACGGGCUGAACUUGACCAAAGGGCUACAAUGUGAAACCCUCUUGAAGAAACAAAUGCAAAUUGCCCUGGUUUCAAAUUAUUGGUUCU